AUGCAAUAGUGAGCUUCUUAGUUGCAAAUUCUUUACCUUCGCCACCAAAUUCUGCGAGGGCAGCACGAAUUGCUGCCAGUUCAGCUCUCGUAAUAGUGUUUGUGCACCCAGCGCCAUUUGGAUUCACGUAGACAACGCGAGAAUCGCUGAACCAGGCGCAGGCGCCGGCAACCUGGACUUCUUUGCCAUUGUCAGUUUUGAUUUUGCUUACCGAACCAUCUGUCCAGACAGUGCCAUUCACGUCGUGGGCCAGAGCAUGGUGGGUCUGGAAUCGCGCGUUAGGAAAGCGUCGUGCUUCGUCAGCCAUGGCGUGUAUCGUCUUUGGGUUAGCGUGCUGGUAUUUGGCUUGCUUUAGAAGCAUUGGACGAUGGCUGCUACUGUGCCUGCCGGCAGCGACACCUGGUGCAUUGGCAUGGCCUUGCGGUCCUGCUGCGCCGGGUCAUAGCGGUAGCGCAUGAUGAGGGCAGCGACCGCUUCCUCAAAGGCGUUGGGCCGCUGGUUGCCGGUGUGCCUGAAGCGCUCCCACAGGGUAAGGAGGCGGGGGAGUUUGGUCGUCCAGGACGAGAAUAGGGGGGCCCCAGUGGGCUGCGGUGCUGCCGGCUCUGCAGCUUGGGCAGGCUCUUCAGGACCUGUGCCAGUUCCUGUCCGUCAUUGUCCAGGUCGUAGGCUCUCAUCGCCGUUGGUGAGCCGCAGGGCAUGGUUGAUGGCGGCGCGGUCCCCGGUGGCUCAGUUCGAGCCUCAGGUCCGCAAGAGGGAGGACGUAUUCAAUGGGGAGAGGUUCGACGCCCCGGGCCUCAGCUUCUGCCUCAAGGGCAGCGGCAAUGGACCAGGCGUUGUGCCGGUGUCGCCAGGGAUGUGGCAAUGGCUGUGCCCUUGUCCUUCACAAUCUCGGUGACUCUUGCGACAUGUGCCGACCAGUCCAGCGAGAACGUGAGCUGCACUCCCAGGUACUUGUACGGCUGGGUCGGGGGGAAGUACGGGACAGGGGUCGUGCCAAUCUUAAUUGUGUUGGUCAUGUUGCGGCGCAUGGCGGCAAGGGUAGCUUUUCCUGUGGGCCCGUCAAGGUUGGGGUCCGAGCGAGAUUUGUCGUGCCAGAUGGCGGUGGUGGCACACUUGGUGUGAUUGACACGCAGGCUCGCCCACUCGGCGUAAGAUGCGAUUUUGUCACAUUGAACCUGCAGGUCGUCGAGCGAGUUGGUGAGCGCCGCCAGGUCGUCUGCGUACGCGGCGGCACUGCAAUGGUAUUGCAGGUUUUCGCUGGGGGUCAGGCAGCCGUAGUGGUAGCCCCGUCCGCCCGCAUGGAGCCAGCGGACAAGAGGUUCCAUGAACAGAAUAAAGAGCACAGGUGAGAGUGUAUCACCUUGCACGGUGCCUCGCUCUAUAGGAAUGGCGGAUGUGCUUCCGUGUUCGGUGCGGAUGCGGGUGGUCGCAUGUGCAUAUAGGUUGCGGACUGCGCGGAUCAGGUCCGUUGGCAGCCCAAGGUCAAACAUAAUUUGUAGUAAUCGGUCCUGGUCGAUUGUGUUAAACGCGGAGCUAUAGUCCACGUAGACCGCAUAGACAUCUUUUCCAAACAGUGCGGCAUCCUCAAGGGCAUGUACCAAAUUUAGGACCUGCCUUUCGGUGUUGCAGUAGGCACGGAAGCCUUCCUGCGCUUCACUGAAUAGCUGGAGGGGGCCAGCCAGUUCGCCAAUGCCCAAGGUAAGCAUGGACGUGUACAGCUUGUAGCAGGUAUUUGCGAGCGCAAUGGGCCGUUUGUUUUUUAUGUCCAGGGCGUCUCCAGGUUUGGGGAGUAGCACGGUCUCUGAUGCGGCCCAGGUUUCAGGUAUUUGUGACUUGACGUACAUGAUUUGCAGGAUACAGUGGAGGUUGCGCUUCAUGCCCGAUGGCAGGAUACGGAGCAGUUCGUUUGGUAUGCCGUCAGGGCCUGUCGCCUUGUUUCUGGAGAGGUGAGAAAUGCACUGCUCAAAAUUUGCCGUGUCUGCCAUGCUGGGGAGCAUGGAGUGUGUGUCAGGGUGCCGGUUGCGGUCCAGUGUGAAUUGAUCUGUUGCGUCGGCUUUCUCAAAUGGGUAGCCGCGUGUGGCGUUGCUGGGUAGUCGGAAAUCCCCAGUGCGGGUGCCGCGUGGUGGGGCGGACAGCUUUCGGAAGUGGGUUUCGAGUAUGGCGAGGAUGCUGGUGGAGUCAGUCGUCACCUCCCCAGUUUCUGGGUUCCGGACCGCUGGGAGGCCCCGUUCCAUGUCUUCCUUCUGAAAGAUUCUCUUGUGCCCCUGUGCAGGGCGCGUGGCCAGGGUAUGUUGCAGCGCUGUGGCAGCGGCCUCUCGCUGGGCUUUGGCGCGGUCCGCCACUAGCUGGCGGUGCUUGGCCUGGCAGGCCUUUAUUUCGUUCCGCAGCUUCGCCGCUGCAUUGGCGGCGUCUACCUCAGGUAGGGCCUGGGGCCCUUGCGUGAGGUUUGUCAGUUGUGUCUUCAGGGCCACUUCCUUGUCCCAUAGGGGCUUUAGCACCCGUGCGGUGGAGCGUGAUGCGUGGUGUUUGCCAGUGAAGGGGGCUUUCCGGGUGCACUCUUCAAGGAGGCAUGUUAGCCCGGUGUCCAGUGCAGAGGCAAGUUGUUCUGCAAGUUGGUUGAUAUCGGCCUUCUGGAUGUUCGUGUCCUGCGCCAGGUCUCGGUGCAUGACGCUGGCGGGGUAGCCUGUGGGGUCCAUGCUGUGCCUCGUGAGUGCAUGUUCAAUUGAUUGCGUUGCCUGCCUUGUUGCGGAAUGCAGGUCGGCUGUUGCUUCCACCAAGGCUUCCUCAAGGCGGAUAGCUGCGGCGGCCAGUUGCUUUUGUGUGACGGGCAGGGCGACCUCGGCCCAUCGUUGUUGGGUCUGCUGCUGGGGGGCUGGGUUCCGGGCGCCGGCCUGUGGUGCCGGCCAUAGCUGUAGGUCCGCGGCUAGUAACUCUGCGUGGACUGGUUUGUGGUCAAAGUUGCCUGCAACUGUACUGGUGUAUUCACGCGCUUCUGUGCAUGCAGCGCGCGUGGCAGGGCAUAGGAGGAUGUCAUCGAUGCGACUGUGGUAUGGGGCCAUGCCCGGGCGUGUUUGUUCAUAUGACCAUUCGGCAGUGGUAGUGGUGUCUCCGCGGAUAGGGCGCAGGCCACUAUCGGCAAGGAACCGCUGGUGGGCCCGGUCUGCCGUGUCGAUGGGGCUGUCCCGCUCAUGUGCUCGGGCGACGGCAUUAAAGUCUCCCG